AAAUAUUUGCCGGUGACACGCGCAUGACAUCGACCAACUUGUUUAUAAACAACAUAUUACAUUUGUUAAAGCUAGAGUAAAGCGGAAAAUAUCAAUAUUUAGAGUGAACACUCGUAUAUACUGAGGCAACCCUUUCGAUGUAAUAAAUAGCCUCACGUGAUUGAAGGAAGGUGAGGCAUAUCAUUUUUGUUAGGGAGCGUAAUAGGCAAAUGCGCCUUUGACGGUCGCUCGUCCUUUUGUUUACCUUUCGCUGUUUGAAGGUAUUUUGCGCGCCACUUUUGCCACGUUUGUAAAAGAGGACGUUAAAGGCUAAAAGUGAAACUUAACAACUCCUUCGAGCCUUUGAUAAAAUAUAAGCCGUUUGCUUAGCAACCAACCAAUGGUCGACUAGCUGUUAAAUCAAUGGAAUUUUUCAGUGAGAUUAAGAAAAGCACAAGUGUUCAGAGAAGUUGUAUAUUUUGAAAGUUUUGGCUUUUGAAAAACAGUUCCAAUUAUAUUUUAAAAUCUAAAUUAUGUAAAACUAACUGUGAAGUCAACUGGAGCUAUUAUAGCAGCUUAAAAGCUCUGCGAAGUUUAAGAAGUACUCUCUGCCUCGAAUCACUGAAAGUUCUGAAACUUAGUAGUAGAACGCGAAAUUCUUUCGAGUACACGGCUGGUUUAAGACAAGGCUCUUAAUUAAAGCCUGAAAUUUUCUCAUAAAAGCGACCUCGUAGCGUGUAUAAGACGUAUAGCUUAUAAAUGGCAUCACUCCCAUAAUUAUCGCACCUAUUAUAUAUCUGUGACAUAUUGUUCUCUUGAAUGUUCAUUCUGAACUUUUUCCAACACCAUGGGAAAUACGGAGAGCAAUGUAACAAGUGGCGUCAAGAAGCAAGCUGGCGUCUCCACACAAGCACUCUACAAGUUCGUCAAUCUCAAGGGUGGCGGUCUCUUGGUGGAUAUGAUGAAGCGCGCUUGCCAGACAAAACAAUUCGCGGAAAUUGACCAUGCAAUCAAGACAAAAGUCGAGCCGUUUCUCUAUAAUAAAGGUGCUGGCCGCUACUUUCCAAUCUCAAAACUGGUGCUCUUACGUAAUAAGGAACGCGCGCGCACCAAACAACUACCUGAGAUCAGAGCGCUGGAGAAUCCAGAUGAUGACUUUAAUAUACAUGAUUACUGUACGGAGGUUUCUGAAGCCGAAUAUAUAUCGAAUCCGAGCGCUUAUCGCUUUGUAUGCUGGAAUUUGAAUGAACGUGGCGCUGUCGGCGAAACUGUUUUACAUCUCUGUCUGCUGAACGCCUCAUCAUUGCAUGCAGAUCUCGCCAAACGUUUACUUAAAUGGUACCCCAAACUCAUACUCGAUGUCUAUAUGUGUGAUGAAUAUUAUGGUGAGAGCGUGUUGCAUAUUGCGAUCGUUAAUGAGGACCCGGCGAUGGUCAAAUAUCUGCUGGACGCUGGCGCCGAUGUGCAAGAACGAUGCUGUGGCGCCUUCAUGUCCGCCGAGGAUCAGAAACCAUCGCGUUACGACUCACCCGAUCAUGAAUAUGUCGGCGUACAACCGAUGACCAAUUACGAUGGCUAUGUCUAUUGGGGCGAGUAUCCGAUGAGCUUUGCUGCUUGUCUAUCGCAAGAAGACUGUUUUCGUCUGGUAUUGGCACGUGGCGCUGAUCCUAAUCUACAGGACACCAACGGCAAUACUUCACUGCAUAUGUUGGUGAUCUAUGAAAAGAUCGAAAUGUUCGAUGUGGCCUACGAGGUGGGCACCAAUAUACACUUACGUAACAUGCAGAAUCUAACAGCGCUUACGUUGGCCGCAAAACUAGGACGUGUUGAGAUGUUUUUCCAUAUAUUAAGUAUCGAACGUGAGAUCUAUUGGCAGCUGGGUAGCAUUACAUGUGCGGCGUAUCCACUGUCGAUGAUCGACACGAUCGAUGUGGAAACGGGGAACAUUAAUAAAGAUUCUGUAUUGAAUUUCGUAGUUUUUGGUGAUAAAUUGGAGCACUUGGAGCUGCUGGACGGUGUAGUUAUCGAUUUGUUGAAGACCAAAUGGGAGUCCUUUGUCAAGUCGCGUUUCUACAAACAGUUUUAUAUGUUUUCAUUCUACUUCCUCUUCUCGUUAAUAAGUUUUAUCUCACGCCCUGGGCCAUCUGACAAAAAAGACGACGAUGAUGACGAAGAGUUUGACAACGGCGGUGUAGUAACAUCAAGUCCACAAGCCAUAAAUGGUUCUGCUGCAUUUCAUAGAGGCGAUGAGUGGUUACCACGUUUGAUCAAGCGUGCAAUCACCAAGAUGGAAUACAAAACUUUUUGGUUGAAUUUUACCGACUAUUUUGAUGAUAACGAUGUGGAGAUGGUGCCAUCUUGGUGGGCGAGCUAUGCCGAAUGUCCGCUAAUGAACAUGGAAUCAGAUUUGGCGAAGGUACGCAUUGUGGCUGAAAUCAUAAUUUUCUUUGGUUCCAUUUUAUACUUAUUGUCAGCCUUGAGAGAAGCGCGCUUCUUAGGCUACAAGAUGUUUGUCGAGAAUAUGAUGACGGCUCCUUCAAGGGUUAUGUUUCUGUUCUCCUGUGCGCUUAUGAUGACUAUACCCGGGCUGAGGUUGUCCUGCAUGACCGAGAUUGAUGAUCAUGUGGCUGUCUUUAUUAUGCUCACUACAGCGCCUUACUUUCUAUUCUUCUGUCGUGGUUUCAAAACCGUCGGUCCAUUCGUUGUGAUGAUCUAUCGCAUGGUCAUGGGUGACCUUAUACGUUUUGUUUCGAUUUAUCUCGUCUUCGUGAUGGGUUUUUCACAGGCUUACUAUAUCAUAUUUCUCACAUUCGACAACCCCGCAACACCAGAGGAAAUUGACGAUUCUGAAACAAAUCCGAUGCCUUCCCCCAUGGAGUCCAUAGUGGCUAUGUUUUUGAUGUCGCUCACCAAUUUUGGUGACUACUUCGGCGGCAUGGGUUCCACACAGCACGAAUAUGAAGCAAAGACACUUUUCUUUCUCUUCAUGGUGAUUGUCAGCGUUUUGUUGGUGAACAUGUUGAUCGCCAUGAUGGGUAACACCUAUCAAAAGAUCGCCGAGAUACGAAACGAAUGGCAACGUCAGUGGGCGCGUAUUGUUCUGGUAGUGGAGCGUAGUGUACCGCCAGCGGAACGUCUCAAGAAUUUCAUGCAUUACAGUCAACCGAUGUCGGAUGGACGGCGUGCUUUGGUGCUUCGGCUGAAUAUGAGCGAUGAAGACAAGGAAGAGAUGAAAGAAGUGCAGGAGAUGAAACGCAUACAUCAACGGUUUUCCAAGAAGCGCCAGACUGAGCGCGAAGCACGCGCUCGCAAGAGACAAGAAGAGUACGAAAAAUUCUUCGGUACACAACCCCCGGGAGACCGUGAUAAUAAUAAUACUUGAAAAGAGAUUAUUGAAUGUUUGGACCUGAAUCGUAUAGAUGUGUAUGUAGAAUAAGAACGUAAUCAUCAGUUAUUGGUCGUAGCUAGGUAAAAUCAGAAAAUUUCUGAACAUGAUAUGUAUUGUACUAUAAAAUGGUUUUGUUUAGGUACAUUGAAAACAUAAACUCGAAUAAAAAGAUAAUAGAAUA